GGAGGAGAGACAGCGGCGGGCAGGCGGGCAGGGAGGAAGGACGGACGGAGCAGGGUGAGGAGGACCGACGCGUUGUUCCCCGUGUGGUAGAGAUUUCAUGUGGGGGUAGAAGAAAGCGACUGGGAAAAACAGCAAGCUCGUUUUGCCACCGGAACGGAUUUUAUUUAUUGUCUCCCUGCAGAAUGUGUACUCCGUGUUGUAUCUCGCAGCUGGCCUGCUGCUGCGGCUCAGCAGCCUGCUCGUGCUGCUGUAACUGCUGCCCCAAGAUCAAACAGUCCACAGGGACCCGAAUCAUGUACGCCUUCUACUUCCUGUUGGUGACCAUCAUCUGUGUAAUCAUGAUGUCCCCCACUGUGGAGCAGGAGUUGAGAGACCAUAUCCCCUUCUACAGCGAAAUGUGUGAGAGGAUGAAUGCAGGAGAAAACUGCAAAACUCUGGUUGGCUACUCCGCUGUCUACAAGAUGUGCUUUGGCAUGGCCUGCUUCUUCUUAUUCUUUGCUAUCUUCACCAUUCGAGUCAACAACAGCACAGGCUGCAGGGCAGCCAUACAUAACGGGUUCUGGUUGCUGAAGUUUGUUGUGCUGGUCGCAUGCUGCGCUGGAGGUUUCUUCCUCCCAGAAGAGGAAACCUUUCUGGAAGUGUGGCGCUACGUAGGAGCCAUCGGAGGGUUUAUUUUCCUGCUGAUCCAGCUCGUGCUGUUGGUGGAGUUUGCACACAGAUGGAACACAAACUGGAGUUCAGGAGUAAAAUAUAACCGGCUGUGGUAUGCCGCUCUGGCCUUGGUGACUCUGGUGCUGUUCAGUGUUGCAGUAGGAGCCGUGGUCUUCAUGGGUCUGUUCUACACCCACCCUGAGGCCUGUUUACUCAACAAAAUCUUCAUUGGCAUCAAUGGCAGCCUCUGCCUCAUCAUCUCCCUGCUGGCCAUCUCCCCAUGCAUACAGAAACUGCAGCCCACAUCUGGCCUGUUGCAGCCAGGAGUCAUCAGUGUGUAUGUCAUGUACCUCACCUUCUCAGCCUUCUCCAGCAAACCCAAAGAAAUUCUGCAGAGAGAUGGUGUGAACACAACCGUGUGUGUGUUUCCCUUCAACUCUGGGACAGAGAGCGACAAGAAGAUUGUCACCGCUGUGGGAACUGUUAUCCUGUUUGGCUGCGUCCUUUACUCUUGCUUGACGUCCACCACCAGGCGAAGCUCUGCAGCGCUCAGGGUGUGUAGGAACAGUGAGCCAGAGACUGAGAGAGCUCGUUGCUGUUUCUGUUUUGGAGAUGACACAGAUGACUAUGAUGAGGAGAAGACUGGUGCAGGCCAGAAUGUGAUGUAUGAUGAGAGAGAGGGAACCAUCUAUAGCUACACCUACUUCCACUUUGUCUUCUUCCUGGGUUCCCUUUAUGUCAUGAUGACCGUCACCAACUGGUUUCAUUACGAUGACCAUAAGAUUGAGAAGCUGUUGGAUGGGAGCUGGUCAGUUUUCUGGAUCAAGAUGGCCUCCUGCUGGGUCUGUCUCAUCUUAUACAUGUGGACCCUCAUUGCUCCUAUGGUCUGCCCGAAGCGUUUUGAGGCCUAGGAUGCACAUCACUACAUUAGGAUCAAGCUACUCUGAUUCUUGGGACGUGGGUAGGCAGAAGCUCCUAUGCUGAGCCAAGGGACCACCACAAGCCCCCUUUACAUUGAAACACAACCCUACACUACCGUCAACGUUCAAAAUGGAGGAUUAUCUGUUGCCUUUUGUUUUAUAUGCUAGUGUUUAUUUUACGUUCUUUGACGAUGUUAAGCUGUUAAUACCUAGACGGUAAUUUUUUUAUUCUUCGCUACCACUGACUCCUGGAGUUUUGUAUUACUUACUGGUUUGAAAUUAUAGAGAAUCAUGGGAGGUGAGUUACGUUGUGAAACAUGAGAAGCAUCCAAUCCCUAUAGAUUCCCUGAUAACUGAAAAUAAUAAUGAUAAUUGAAAUUGACUUGAAAUUGUAUUUUGUAAGUGUUUCCUGUGUGUGUCAAUUUUUCUUGGAUUCUUGCUUUUACUCUCAUUCAGGCAUUUCGGUUCUGUACAGUUGGACCAUAAAGUUGUAGUAAUGUUUUGGGACAAAUUUAUUUCAAGUUAAGAGAUGUUACAGUAACUGUAUUUAUUCAAGUAUGUCUUAAGGAAUCAAAGAAGGAUUGUGGUUUGAAUUGAAUUAGAUUUGGCCCUGACUUGUUUAAAAACUCAUCUCUCAGGCUCACAUGUAAGCUGUAUAUGUUUAUGCUUUGUUAUAUUGCCCCCUUUUGUAGAAGUUUUCUAUGCAAUGGAACAGGCUCUUUUUCGAUAUUAGAUACCCAGUGUUGUGAAGUUUCCACUUAGAUCAUAAGGAUAAUGUUCCAGAUUUUAUUAAUGUCAGUGCUCCCUUUGAGCCAAAUCUUUUCUUAGGAAAAUCCAUGUAAUUUGUACAAGAUUUCCAGUCAUCCUCAUUAUUGUACAGGGCAGUGCUCUUCAAAUCAACCUGCCUUACAUAAGAGUGACGUUAGUGGAGUGCCGCCUCUCUGGAAGAGCUGCAGUGACACAGACGAGGACUGUUUGCCAAAGGUAGAUGUCAGAAAAGAACAAACUACUCUAUCAGAUUGUUUGGUCUGUCACAGAGACAAAUAUAACGGAGAACAUUAUGCAUUUGCAUGCACACGCAGACACCUAAGUUGUUUAGCUGUUCUCUGUACAGUCGUAAAGGCUCUUUGCCUUGUCUUUGUUACAUGUGUCAGCUCAUAAUGGUGGUCAGAAUAAGGUAGCAUGAGUGCUUUUAUUAGUGCGUUAUUCAACACUGGAUGUUGAGUUUACUGCUGAAAUAAAAUUCACAGACCUUCA